AUGGGACCAAAGGAGGAAGAAGUGAAAACCCCUGUCGAUGGGAAGGACUCUCCUGCUGGGGCAGAUGACAGCGAUGAGGAACUCGACCAGAACCUCCUUAAUGCCAUCAUUUCUUCUGGCAUGCCCUCUCCCAAGAAGACCAUUGCUAGCAAGCCAGUGCCACCUAAGCCUGUCACUCAAAUCCCAAAUGCAAGGCAAUGCAGCCAGAAGGUGCUCAACCAAGUGCGAAUACACGAGGACAGUAUAAGGAAGUAUGAAACAGAGGGCACCCCAGUUAACAUAUCCCACGCGGGAUCAACAGGAAACCUGUCGGACCUGUCCUUCCCUGGUGAGAAGUCACCCAAAACCCCAUCUAGAAUGGGAAAGAUGAAACCUGGCAGCAUCCCUUCUUCUGACAACUCCUCUAUAUGUGAUGACAGUGAUGGCAUCCUGGCCCAAUGCAUUCAAUCUGCUAUGCCAAAGUCCAAAUCUCAAGGGAAGCCUGUUCCCAUGAAGCAUCCAUCGGUGGAGCGUGUAAGAGUGGGCCCGAGUUCUCAUCCCAGGCCGGGGACUCGGACGUCUGCGUCUCCGCAACAGCAACCGGUAAAUCGACAGGCCCCUCCAGCAGCAAUUCCCCCACCUGUUCCUGCCCUUGACUCAGUGAGGACAUAUGCAACUGAGGGAACCCCUGCCAACUUCUCUGCAUCCACAUCCUUGAGUGACCUCUCCAUCCAGGACCAUCCCCUUGAUGUUCAACCCCACCGAAACAACCAGUACAGACGGUAAGU